UAUGUGGGACACUGUGGGGGUACUGUGGCUGCGCUGCCGCAGUGUUUAGGCCGGCCUGCGGGGGCAACACUGAGACCGUGCAGAGUCAGGCGGAGGGAACAAAGGAGCGCGGAACCGUGAUGGAGUUAGCCUGAUAUCCUCAAUCCUGCAAACAAGAUGUCAAAGCGGCCCUCGUACGCCCCUCCCCCCGCCCCGGCCCCCACCACACAAAUGCCCACCACCCCUGGGUUUGUGGGGUACAACCCAUACAGCCAUCUGGCCUACAACAACUACAGGCUGGGAGGGAACCCCGGCGGGAACAACAGGGUAAUGAACUCCUCAGGGAUCACUGUCCCGAAGCCCCCGAAACCGCCCGACAAGCCGCUGAUGCCCUACAUGCGGUAUAGCCGGAAGGUAAGCAGGAAGGUUUGGGACCAAGUGAAAGCCUCUAAUCCCGAUCUGAAGCUAUGGGAGAUCGGGAAGAUCAUUGGUGGGAUGUGGAGGGACCUUACUGAUGAGGAGAAGCAGGAUUAUUUAAACGAGUACGAAGCUGAGAAGAUUGAGUAUAAUGACUCUUUGAAGGCGUACCACAACUCUCCGGCGUAUCUAGCGUACGUCAACGCGAAGAACCGCGCAGAAGCUGCUUUAGAGGAGGAGAGCAGGCAGAGACAGUCUCGGCUGGAUAAGGGGGAACCCUACAUGAGCAUCCAGCCUGCUGAGGACCCCGACGACUACGAUGAUGGCUUCUCCAUGAAGCACACAGCAGCAGCUCGUUUCCAGAGGAACCACCGCCUGAUCAGUGAUAUCCUGAGUGAAGUUGUGGUGCCGGACGUUCGCUCUGUGGUCACCACCGCUCGCAUGCAGGUCCUGAAGCGGCAGGUCCAGUCCCUUAUGGUACAUCAGAGGAAGCUGGAGGCAGAGUUGCUCCAGAUUGAGGACAGACAUCAGGAGAAGAAGAGAAGGUUCCUGGAAUCCACCGAGUCUUUCAACAGUGAACUCAAACGGUUGUGCAGUCUGAAGGUGGAGGUGGAUAUGGAGAAGCUUGCGGCAGAAAUGGCGGCAGCUGAAGAAGCUGCACGACGACGGGCGGAGGAGAGGGAGAGGGAGGCAGCAGAGCAGGCUGAGCGGGCAGCUCAGGAGGAGCAACAGGGUGGUGCUGGAGGAGCUGCUAAUUCUGAACAGAACAGCUCUGACAGUAAAGAACAGCAAGAUAAACCCAGCCCAAUGGAGACAGACGAAGCUCCUGCUGAAGCGUCUGAUGGGCCGGUGGAAUCUGAGGAGAAUCCUGCAGGGGCGACGGUGGAGAAGCCAGCGGCGGUGGAGCCAGCGGAGGGCGCUACAGAUGAGGGAACGAGCGACAGUACGGCUCCAUCAGAGAGUAGCUCUGGACCGCUGACUGAGGCCCCAUCAACUGAAAUGGGGUCAGAGGAGCGCCCCCCGCCCCCCAGUCAGUAACACAGGACCAUAGCGACCUCAGUAUGGGGUUUAAAGCCACACCCUUUUUUUCAUUUAAAGGGAUGCUUUGGUGCUGCUGAAGGUUCUGUCUCUCUGAUUCAAUUAAACGGUAUCCACCCAUUAAUUAAGUGUGACAUAUUAAUUGGAUAUAAACCUAAAUAACUGUUCCACAUGCUGCAGCUGCAUCAGACAGAGAUUAUCUUGAAAAGCACUGAAGUAUCUCUUUAAUUCUAGAUUAUGCAGAUGUCGAUACCCAGAACUGGCCUCUAAAAGCAGAUGAAAGGGAGCUUUUAGAUCACUUCUCUUAGAAAAGAUCUAGACCCAGUUUUUGUGACUAAAAUUGGGCAGUAAAGUAAUUCUCUCCACCUGGAACACAGAUCGUUACAGAGGAAUAUGAAAGUUCUGCUCUCGCACUGUGCCGUCGUACAAAUUUGUUUCUUUUUUGUUCAUCUUUGUUGCCUUUCUGUAAUCUGGAGCAUUAGUUAGUAGAAUGUGGUUGAUGGUGUCUUUCAGAUAGAGAUGGGGAAAAUAAAAUAUCAGGGUCCAGAAAGUCAAAAUCCAUUUUUCACUUUGUGGACCUGAGUUUACCAUCUCUACUUUCAGUCAUUUUUUUCUUUUACCUUGCUUUUUUUAACGCUCCUGAUCUUUAUUUGAUGACAUAUCUCAGCAAAUCACUGAUGGAUCUGUAGGCACUCUCCUUGAAAUUUUACUGUAGGCUUCUUUGUUACUGACUGCUGUUUUGUAUUGUCACUAUUGCCCAAUAAAGUGAUUUCUAUGUCUGUUUUAA